GACAUCCAGCAUGGACGGCCUCUGGGUGCUGCUGCACGUGUCUGCCUUCUCACUGCUACUGCUGCUGGUCGCCACGGUCCCCGCCAGUUCAGAGACGUCAACAUGCAGAGUACAGGACUGCCCCAACUACCGCACCAUACACUACUAUGAGGAUCUGGGCUGUGUACGCAGUGACGGCUCCAGCGAAUGUUGCCCUACACGCUUCGAUUGCAAUUCGUUACUAUCACUGGACAAGACAAAAUGUCACCUCGACGGGAAGGCGUAUGAAGAUGGGGCAUGGAAUGAUGGAUCAACGUCUGAAUGCACGCCAGGGUGUGUCUGCCAAAGCCAUGAAGAAGGACCCUGGAAGGGAGAUGCGCAUUGGGCUUGUUUACCCCCUGGUUUCGUUCAGUACCUGUUGCCUGAAGGAAAGGAAUCCGUCUGUUAUCCGAGCUUCAGAGUUGAUCAGGACUGUUUUGCUGGAAUUAUCUGUGCAAAUGACACCAAGAGCCCACGGAAUGUCACACAGUGUACUUACGAAGGCAAGACGUUCCUGGAGGGCCAGGUCAUUCAUGGAACCGUGUCUGAGUGCCAGAGAUGUGUCUGUCAGAAGGGGUAUGACGGAACGCUGAAAGGGCCGUGGUGUAGCAGACCCAGCUGCGGGUAUCGUCUGACAUGGCCCAUUUCACAGCUACGUACGUGUGCGCCACUGUACAGUGAAGAAAACAAGUGCUGUACUUAUGAGUUCCACUGCCCUUCCGCUGAAGAUUUUGUAGUAAGGCGUUCUGAGUCAUCAACGGCGAACGAAGGUGAUCAGUGUUCGUUCGGAGAUCACAAGCUGAAGAUUGGCGACGAACUUCUGUCAACUGGAGGGAAGUGUAUCAAAUGCUCAUGCGAUAUACCACCGUUCAUAACCUGCGAGAAGCUUCCAGACUCCUACUGCCCUACGACGAAGAAGUAAGACAAAUGUAUGAAUCACAUCUAUUGAUUAUCAGUCACAAACAACAACGGAAUAUAGAAUGUAGAAAGGAAAAUGUAAAGAUGGCAU